AUGGCUCGCACUCGAUCCCAACCUCUCUCGCCAUCUGGCUACCGGAUGUGGCAGACACCACCCCGAACCCGCAAGCAAACUGCAGAAGCUGCUCCUGCCGCAAAGGCUGCUGCCCCCAAGGCACCCAAGUCGGCAACUACGCGCGUCACAAAAAGCAAAGCCAAGAAAGGCAAGAAGCCAGCUCCAAAGAAGCGCGUUCCCGGAAGCUACGAUGACUCGGACGAUGAGCAUGAAGAGGCUCCUUCCCCGGCAGAGAGCAGCACUGCUCAUGGAAGCCACGGCGAAAAGGUCAACAAUAAUAACACCAAACGCCGUAGCAACAAAAAUGAAGAUGUCGUCACCGAGGUUGAGAGCCCUGCUCCUGCCAUUGCUCCAAAUACGACUACGACUCGUGCUACACGCUCACAAGGUCCUUCUCCUUCUACUCACCAAAUCCAGGUCCUCGUGCCCACCAUCUCGCCGGCAAAUGGCCGUGCUUCUAACCACGCAACUCCCUCCACACCUACCCCGGUUCCCCAGACUGCAGCUCGCAGCGGCGAAGCAGUGCACGUCCCACCCGUUCCAGAGAGCACGACUAAUGUCGAGAAAAACGACAAUAUCAACACCAAUAUUAGCGGCAAACAAGCCCCGUUUCAGAGUGAGCCUCAGAACAUUUCUUCACGUCCUAUCAAACCUUUUACCCGCCGGUUGCCUGCUAGGCACCAGCCCUUUUCCCGUUUUGCCCCAGUCGCCUCCUUUAUUAGCCCUAGCAACCUGGAGCUCUCUCCAACCCCUAUCAUUGACUUGGAGGGCGGUGUGACUCGCAACGGCGAACGCACCACUCCUAAAGAGAUUGUCUUCUAUCCACCUCCCCUUCCAACAAACCCAGCUUUCCUUACUGCACCUCAGAUAUCCGUUGAACGCAGACCACUGUGCCCUUGCUGCAACCGAAUGCUGGUUUGCCCUGCCAGUCAUGAUACUUGGACCCACAAUGGGUUCUACUUCACGGAAAGAACCAAGCAACUGACACCACUGCCAGCAGUCACCGGCAAACGACGAAGAGAAGUUGACGAGGACAAGGAAAAUGAGGACGCUGAUAAUCAACCAGCCCGCAAAGCAAAACGAGCCCCACCGAAGAAACCUCGACGCAAACCCAUCAAAUCUAGAGAGAUACAUCGUCUCCGUCAAGUGACACCAUAUGCAGACCGCCAACGUCGUCGAGCCCUAGAGAGCCAGGGCAAGAUCCAAAGAACCUUGUUCCGGAUUCCAGAGCUAAUUGCGCAAAAAAAGGCUGCUGAAGCUGCUUCAAAUGAGAACAACAAUGCUAAUGACGAUGAGCAUUCAGAUAUUGAUACUAUCUCUAUUCCUGCAAUUCCUUCUGCAACACAGCUUGCAGUUGUCUCCGACUUGCACUCGUCUCCACCCCAGCUUCAGCCAAGCACACCAGCACGCACUGUGUGGAGCUUUAGCAGCUUGCUCGACUCUGUUCCUCGGUCUAUCUCAAGAUUUCUACCAUUCCGUGCUGACGCAUCGCAGAAUGAGAGACACGAAGAACAUUCACCAAGUGAGCGUCCCGGAUUAACAGUGCAUCACGAAAACCUUUCCCAAAACCUUUCCAAUGAAACAGAAGAGCCUGGCUACGCGUCUCGAAUUCAUGAAAACAAUAACAACCGCCACGAUUACACUACCGUAUCUGCUAGCACGCAUGCAGUUGACCCUUCCAUUUCGGAGGAGUGGAAGGACACUCCAACGGCAUUGCCGACGCCAGCUGUUUCAGCCCCAGUCCGAAGUGUAGCUCUCACCCAGCCAGACUUCGAUGAAGAAGAUCUUUCCUACGACCUAUUCCCGAGAAACCACCCGCUAUCAAGCUACUCCAGAGAAGCCGCUCUCCGCAAAGCCGAAGAAGAAGCCCAACAGGCACGCGAAGAAGCUCGCCUUGCCCAGGAAGUUGCGCGUCAAGCUCAAGAAGAAGCUCGCCUUGCUAAGGAACAAGCUCGACAAGCCCAAGAGACGGUAAAGAUAUACCAGCCAACAUCGUCAAAGGCGAACGCUAACAGAGUAUCCAAGACGACAACACGCAAGGAGAAAAAGAGAAAGCCCAUUCCAAACCCCCCAGGAUGCAGCUAUGGAAUGGACCUUCGCUAUUUCGGGUCGACUUCCAGCUCCGAAGCUGAGUCGUCCGACAACGAACGACCCGAGGAACUAUCGGCCAGCGUUCGACCCGGUGUGCUGAAAGACACGACUGGCACAGACAGCCAAACACCUGCGCGCGGCCCACUUCGACAGCGAAAACAGGUACGGUUUGGCCCUAGCCCGCCAGAAGUACCAUCGAAGUCCCGGUCGACAGACCUCAGCACAUCGACCGUGGUGGACGGCACCCCAGAGUCUCCAUCACAAAAAUCGACGGCACAGGCCACUCCCGCUUCCCUCCCAGUCUCGACAAACGCGUCGCCCCAAGACGUCGAGAUGACAUCGCCAAGCCCGCUGAGGGAGCGGGAGUCCGACAACCAACCCCGAGGGCAAAGCACUUACGGGUUCACGUAUGAAGAGUUGUACGGCGACGACUUCUUCGACGAUAUUGACGAGGAUCCAGCCCCUUCUGGGGCUGGAGCCUCGUCGUCCUCCGAUAUCGUCCAAGAAGUCGGGGUACUCCCACAGCCAAUUCCACGAGGAGUACUUCUUGGCCACUCCAACGGCCAAGUCGCCGCUGCACCUCCUGCGCGACCCGCCCUCGCGACAAUGCCUGUGCCGUCGUUUCGCCCCGCAUCGGUAGGAGCGGCGGCUGUUGAGAGGCAGUUGGCGGACAUGGAAAGGUUCCGCCCUCGGCUUCCCAGCAGCCUGCGCACCGCGGAGCGAUACUCGUCAAGCCCCGUGCCGGCUUCGUCACCGGCUCUCCAGGGGGUAGUAGGACAGGGACCUCUUUCCCACUCUUUUCAGUGGCCUCCGGCCGCUGAUACAGGCUUCACUUUUGAGGCCCAGCCGAGUCACGAACGGCUGAGAGUGGGCUUCCGGCAGAUUCUGACGCAGGAGUAA